AAACAAAAUAUAUCAAUGUAGCACUGAAUAGAGAACAUUUGAGCGGGAAACUCGGUCCUCCGCUGCUCGUUCAAAAACAGAAAAGGCACGUCAUUGGCCGCCUCACGCUGUGACGUAAACACAACAGCCAACCAAAUACAGCAAGUGACGCACCGCCCAACGAGAAAGGAGAGUUUAAAAAGCUGCUGCAGCUGAACAAAGUCAUUCUGUUGUAAAAUAAUACAGGAAAAUGGCAAGAACCAAGCAGACCGCUCGUAAGUCCACCGGUGGUAAAGCCCCGAGGAAGCAGCUCGCCACCAAAGCCGCCCGUAAGAGCGCUCCGGCUACCGGCGGAGUCAAGAAGCCUCAUCGUUACAGGCCCGGCACCGUGGCUCUGAGAGAGAUCCGUCGCUAUCAGAAGUCCACCGAGCUGCUGAUCCGCAAGCUGCCCUUCCAGCGUCUGGUGCGAGAAAUCGCUCAGGACUUCAAGACGGACCUGCGCUUCCAGAGCUCCGCUGUCAUGGCCCUGCAGGAGGCCAGCGAGGCUUAUUUGGUCGGUCUGUUUGAGGACACCAACCUGUGCGCCAUCCACGCCAAGAGAGUCACCAUCAUGCCCAAAGACAUCCAGCUGGCCCGCCGCAUCCGUGGAGAGCGCGCUUAAACGCAACGCUUCAUCUUAAACACAAAGGCUCUUUUAA